GCAGCAUCAUGGCGGAAAACUGAUUUUUCUAAAAAGAGCUCCUGCUGCCAAAGAAAUUAGAUCAGACCCUUGUAAUGGUCAGUCCCCGCGAUGAUAAUCUCAGUGCCUCUUCUAAUCUGAUGAAUGAUAAUCUUCCAAUGAUGUCUGAAGACAGAGAAUUGAUCAUAGACGAUGAAUUUCUCUUUUAUUCUGUCAUUUAUUCCACAAUAACAGUGAUUUUUGGAAUGGCAGUUUUGUCCAAAUUUCUCACUCAUGAAUUUCGGUUUGGCCUGCGAUCCCUGCUAAGUCUUGGUGUUUUAUUUGUCGGUGAACCUAUGUGCCAUUUCCUUCUGAAGGGAGUGUCAGGUGUCCUCAUCUUCGGUCUAGGAUGUUUGUUCAUCUACUCGAUUCUUCCGUCAAGUCACUUGCCAGCACACGGGAAAGCUGUUUUGAUUACCGGGUGUGAUUCAGGAUUUGGUCAUGCUCUUGCCAAGAAGUUGGAUAGUAUUGGCAUGAAAGUGUUUGCUGGUUGCCUUGAGAGUGAUGGUCCUGGUGCUAUAGAAUUAAAGAACUCCUGUUCCCCUGAAUUGAAAGUUCUCCACAUUGAUGUGACAAAUCAAGCUUUAAUCGAUGCUGCAUUUAAUGUUGUGUCAACAAGCGUAGGAUCUGAAGGUCUCUGGGGUUUAGUAAACAAUGCAGGCAUCUGGAUGGUGGCUGAUAUAGAACUGACAUCUCAAGCAUCUUAUGAAAAAGUUCUGAACAUCAAUUUUUUUGGUGUUGUCCGCAUGUCACGAAAGUUUAUACCUCUCAUUAGAAAGUCGAAAGGUAGAAUUGUAAAUGUCUCUAGUAUACUUGGUAAAGUUCCGUUGGAAUUAUUCUCAGCCUACGUGGCAUCAAAACAUGCCAUUGAAGGCUUCUCUGAUGUGUUACGGAUAGAAAUGCGGAAGUUUGAUAUUGGUGUCUCGGUGGUGCAACCUGGUGGAUUCAAAACAAAUACCUUCAUGUCAAGUAUGAUUAACACCCAAAAGGAACAAGUAUGGCAGCAAGCUUGUCCAGAGAUGCGUGAGCUUUAUGGUCGUCAACACUUAGAUGAAGUGUACCGUGUUUUUGAAGCCGAGUCUGCCAAUCUACCAGAGGAUCUUUCCCCAGUUGUUCGUGCCAUGAGAAGUGGACUUCUCUCCAAGCUGCCGCGCGAGCGCUACCCUUGUGGCACAUUUGUCGAACCUUUUAUGAUGUUUUAUCCAUUGCUGCCGAUCUGGAUAGCAGACAAAAUCUCAUUUGCGAUAUCUAUACCUCGACGUAUGAAAUCAGCUGUGUCCAAUGUCGGUUCAAAAUAAAAUACGCACCUCUGGAGGUGUUUGUUGUUAUUGUGUUGUUGUUGAGGAUGUAACGUUCUGCCAGAUAUUUUGAGAGGUUACCAGUUUGUUUACUACUGAAUAGAUAGUAGAGUUUGUAGAGCUUGAAAAUCAUUUUGCUCAAAUUAUAAGUGGUGUGUUAUGGAUGUUGUCCAGAGUUCUCAUGAGAGAUGGAAAGUAUUUUUCAUGAAAUUAGACAACUGAUUUAUCUGGCCUUCCAUUGGAAUAUGAAUGAAUCUUACCCUUGGCUUUCCGAGUAUGAACUACUCUUCAGGAUUGGAAAGUGGCUCUUACCUUCAUACAGGCUGUUAGGAAUCUGUGUUUGCUAUUCAUUCCAGCUCUCUGAGACUGUUGUUGUACAGCUUAGUAUUCAAUCCUGCCUUCACUAGUCUCUUCCACAAAGCAUUUUAUAAAGCCUUUUAGACUGCACCUCUUCUGAGUGGUGCUGGUUCUUCAGUUGCAAUCACUAGGUUAGAAUAGGGGUUCAAUCAUUUCGAUCAGAGUAGUUGACCGUCACAUGAACCUUGCGGUCAUUACAAAUGCAAUGUUAGUUCACCAUGUAAGUGCAUUUGUUUAUAGUUGAAUACCUGGCUUCUUAUAGUAGGACACUAAACUAAAGCCACGCUAUAGAAUCUUUCAUUAUCAACCCUAUGAAUCAGUUCAAAUUUCAAUACUGAUACAAGUAUGUGUAUAUUUUGCCAUGCAUUCAAUGAAGAAUUACCGGUUAUGUAUACGUUGUAUAUCAUGCUUUGUAAAAAAUCAAAUUGUUUAACAAUAAAUAGAUUGUUGUUUACAUUAAA